AUGUCAGGAACUUGCUUCUCAGAGCGAUCAACAAUCUAUAUUGGAUUUUCCCUCUUUCUGUCCGAUUUGUCCACAUUUCCCAUCCUUUCUCUUCAUCGUUCAGUCUAUGAUACUCUCAGCAUCCUUUCUCUUCAUCGUUCAGUCCAUGAUAUUCUCAGCAUCCUUUCUCUUCAUCGUUCAGUCCAUGAUAUUCUCAGCAUCCUUUCUCUUCAUCAUUCAGUCCAUGAUAUUCUAAGCAUCAUUUCUCUUCAUCGUUCAGUCUAUGAUACUCUCAGCAUCCUUUCUCUUCAUCGUUCAGUCCAUGAUAUUCUCAGCAUCCUUUCUCUUCAUCGUUCAGUCCAUGAUAUUCUCAGCAUCCUUUCUCUUCAUCGUUCAGUCUAUGAUACUCUCAGCAUCCUUUCUCUUCAUCGUUCAGUCCAUGAUAUUCUCAGCAUCCUUUCUCUUCAUCGUUCAGUCUAUGAUACUCUCAGCAUCCUUUCUCUUCAUCGUUCAGUCCAUGAUAUUCUCAGCAUCCUUUCUCUUCAUCGUUCAGUCUAUGAUACUCUCAGCAUCCUUUCUCUUCAUCGUUCAGUCCAUGAUAUUCUCAGCAUCCUUUCUCUUCAUCAUUCAGUCCAUGAUAUUCUCAGCAUCCUUUCUCUUCAUCUACAUAAGGAGAAUCUUCAUGACUUUCUUUUUCUUCUUUGUCACUCCCUGCCACAUCCACAGCAUUUUUCUCAUGUUUUUCUGAUUUUUUCAUCGUCGUCUCUUCCUUCUUUCCCCUUUCUCAUUCUUGCAGCUUAUUUUUCAUCACUGUCGCCAUUUUUCUUCUUUCAAUAG